AUUCUAGAGAGACGACGACAUGCUUUUGCCUACGGAGAUAGGAAACUCGGUGCAGCUAACAUCGACCCGAUUCGCAUUGACACAGGAGAUGCACACCCCAUCUCGACGCCUCCCUAUCACGCUUCGCCUAAGGGUAAGCAGAUCGUCGAAGAGACCGUCGCUAAAUUGCUAGCGGACGAUAUCAUCGAACCUUCCGAGUCCCCAUGGGCAUCUAAUGUCGUCCUCAUUUCACAGAAGGAUAAAAUACGUUUC